AUGAAAAAGAAAUUAAGAUUAACCAAGAAAUCUCAAUUCACAAGUUUACCGUUAGACAAUGAACGGAGUCAAUAUUUAACACGUUUAGCUGCCGAAUUUCUAAUUUAUAACCUUCUUCCUAUGAGUCUUGUCGAAUGUCCGAAAUUACAAACAAUUUUUACUCAAAUUGAACCAUCAUAUGGGUUACCGUGUAGAAAAUAUAUGAUGAAAACUGUAUUGGAAAAAAUGUAUAAUGAUACACGCGCACAAGUUGCCAAUGAAUUGACAAAUACUAAUGACUGGUUUGGUUGUGGAGAUCAUUUAAUUAAUUUAUGCGUUCAAGAUGCAUUAAAAUUAUGUGAAAUAUCGGAAGCAUUAACAAGUAUUCGAAAAGUGGUAUCACGUGUGAAAAAUAGUCAUUUGGCCAGAGAACAUUUUCAUCAACAACAAUUCCACCUUAAUUUAACUGAACGACAACUGCUAUCGGAUGUUGUAACAAGAUGGAACAGCACCUGCUAUAUGCUGGAGCGUGCUAUAGAUGAAAGAGAAUCAGUUACAUUAUGUUUAGAGGAGAAAAGUUUUCAAAAACAUUUAAAUCAAGCUAAAUUGAGUACAGGAAUUUCAUGGGAUUUACUAACACAGAUAAAAUACAUAUUAAAGCCUUUUGAAACAGCCACGAGAGAAUUACCAUCUGAAUCACAACCAACUAUGUUAAAAGUUUUGUCUGUGGUGACUGCAUUAUUUAAUAGUUUGGAACCGGGUCCAAAAGAUUCUUCAUUGGAACAAAAAGUGAAAAAUACGAUAAGAUCUGGAAUGGAAAGAAGGUUUGAAAAUGUUUAUAAACAAGAAUUGCUUUUUGAACUAAGAGCAACCACUGGGUCUUUUUGAUCAUUCUACUUGUUUAUUGUCGAAUAUGUUUUUUUAUGACUUUAUUGAUUCAUAGUAAAGAGGCCAGCGACAGGGUCAUUUUAGGCCUAACGUUUAACAAUAUGUAAUCAAGAACAAAGGGAAGGUAAAUUGAAAUCGGAGGGGAAAGAAGGAAGUAACAGUAAAAAUGAAAUAUAAAAUGAAUUGAAUAAACGGUAAAUGAUAAUGAUAGUGGUAGGUCCUGUAGAUAUGGUGAGUUUAUGGCUUAUAAAUAGAAUUAAAAGGAAUUAGGCAUGCUGCUAGUUUUCAAAUCGUCCUGUUCCAGAAAUAAAAGAGUUCACAGCCCAAAAAAUAGAUGCUACCUCAUCCUCGCUCCUUCCAGUCUCAUUAAGUAAUAAUAUGUCCAUGGUGAAGGUUUUUAAUAAAUUUAGUUUUUGCUUUAAAAUUCUUCUUUCAUUAUUAUAUAGUGGACAAUUAAGAAGAUAGUGUUCAGCAUCCUCUCUAACACUCCCACAUAUACACUUAGGCGAGACUACACAUUUAUGUUUAAAUAAAUAGUAGUUAAGUGCUGGAAAGUUUGGUUUUAUCCUAAAAAAUAAAACUUCUGCUUGACGUGUCGAAAAUAGGUAUGCACCGAGCUUCGAGUUACUCGAAAACUCGAAUCGAGCUACUCGAAAUUCGAGCUACCCGAAAUUCGAGCUACCCGAAAUUCGAGCUACCCGAAAUUCGAGCUACUCGAAAUUAAAGUGUUUUUUUCCUGAUUAGGUAUGCACCGAGCUGCGAGUUAUCCGAAAACUCGAAUCGAGCUACCCGAA